CCCUUGCCUCUGACGUAUUAUUCAGUCGCCGAGUUGCGGUGAUUUUCGGGUCAGGUCGGAGGGUCUUUGGAGGACAGUUAAUCAUGGCCCUGCGGGUGAUCCGACUGGUCAUCCCAUCGGGAACAACUGCUUUUAAAUCGGUGACCAUAACACAGAAGGCAGGUGUUCACACAAGCUCGGUGAGAAGCCUGCGGUAUGGCUGGUGGGCCUACGCUCUGGGUGAGAGGACGACGCCGCGGUUAAAGCAGUACAGCAAAAUCAUCUCUGUGGAUGGCAACUUGGCCUCAGGGAAAGGAGCACUGGCCCAGAAGCUGGCUGACAAGCUGGGGAUGCUCUACAUGCCUGAAGCUGACACUUUCUACCUGGACAAGAUGACCGGGGAGAAGGAGCCACUUCCCGUCGACUUCAACGGAAUGUGCAGCCUGGAGAAGUUCUACACGGACCCCAAAGCUGCUGAUGGAAACAGCUACAGGCUUCAGCUGUGGAUGUACACGAUGAGGCUUCUCCAGUACUCCGACGCCGUCGAACACCUACUCACCACAGGCCAAGGAGUGAUCCUGGAGCGUUCUCCCUUCAGUGACAUGGUCUUCCUGGAGGCCAUGUCCAAGCAUGGAUACAUCAGGAAGGAGUGUGUGCAGCACUACAAUGAGGUCAAAGGCAUUAGCAUCUGUGAGUUCCUGCCUCCGCACCUCACCAUCUACGUAGACCUGCCAGCCGAGGAGGUGCAGAAGAAGCUGAAACAGAGCGGAAAGGCCUACCUUCAGAACGUGCCCCUGAGUUAUCUGAAGAGCAUCGAGGAUUCCUACAAGAAGACGUUCCUGCCCCAAAUCAGCAAAACAACAGAAGUGCUUGCUUACGAUGCAGCCCAAGCCCAAGAUGUUGAAAGGGUGGCGGAAGACAUCGAGUAUUUGAAGUUCGACAAAGGGCCGUGGCUGGAGCAGGAUGAUGUCUCCUACCACCACAUGAGGAUGUUCGUGGAGGACAAACAGAGGGUGUCGACCUUGACCCACAUACCUAUGUUUCUCCCAGAGAUUUGCAUCGGAGCCCACGACUACGAUGAAAAAUACUACGCCUAUAGAUCCCUCCCUGGGAAGAAGUACGCCCGCGGUUAUAACACAGAUGUGGGAGACAAAUACGUCUGGCUAAAGUGAACGAGUCCACAGGCCCAUCUCUGAAUCAACCCUAGUCAUUGGCUGAUCAGCUCCCUGAAUGACUGGUCCAUAAUUGAUCCAGUUGUCUUCUCUUGUACAUCUUAAAUAAUAUGUAUGUGUUAAAAGAAUAAAUUUUGAAUCAAUAAUAAUAAAAAA